CCUAUUAAUCUCGCCCACCCAAAGGACAUGACAAUCUCGCCACCACCUGCCUCCAUUGAGAUCGACGAGUACACUUGACAUUGGCCCUUGCACGCACAUCAUGAGCAAUACGACACUAAACGGAUUAUGUCCGGCUCCUUUCUACCAGGAGUCAUUCUUCCCGUCAACCGGUGGAUUCAUUGACGGACGUUACUGUGAAACAUUAAGCACGGCUCAGGGCAACGUCUCUUGCUGCCUGCCAUGCCCAUUGUCAUCAUGGACAUACGGUGAUGACAUGACCAACAAGACCCAGGCCGCCGGCUGGCUUGGGGUUGCCAUCCUGCCUCUUUGUAUCUUUCUCUUAGUAUCAUAUGCGGUCCUGCCUCCCAAAUGGACGAAUCGUCACUAUUUGAGCAUAUGUUUCACACUGGGAAUCUGCUGCAUCGAGAUUGCUUUCAUCAUCCCUCUAGGGAUUAAACCGGAGCAGUGUUUCAACGCCAUUACGCCGAACGAUAUGUACUCGGAUGUCGCGUGUGCUUUCACUGGCUCGUUACUUCUGUUCGGCGGCUGGGUAGCCGUGUCGUGGAGUUUCAUUCGUACUUUGGCUUUCCACCUUCAGGUUUGUUGGGAGGUCAUGCUGGGGACGAAGUUCAUGUGGGGCGCCUUCAUCUUUGGCUGGGGCAUCCCGAUCAUCGGGUUGACUGUCAUGCUGUGCUUGACGGGGGUGUCCUACCGAUUCGGAGGGACCUGUCAUAUCAACGUGCACAACAGCAACCGGGACUACUGGGCUCCCGUGGUGGCCUUCGCGGCGGCAGCAUUGGUCCUGCAGUUGGCCACGAUGCUGUACUGCAUCCACGUCUACGUCAAAUCGGUCUUCGACAAGAACCCCACGACCAACAGCUCGGGUCUGCCGUCCUACAGCGCCAGCGUGCGCACCAUGACCGCCCGGCAGGCCUACCGCCGCGUCCGCCGCGUCAUCCAGCUGCAGUGGCGCAGUGUCACCCUGAUCCUGAUCAUCAUCGGCAACGUCAUCUUCUUCGCGGUGGUCUUCAUCGAGAUGGACAACAAACUGGCCAUGACGCCCGCCAACGCCGAGCUGUUCCUCCCAUGGGUGGCAUGCCUGGUCGCCACGGAGGGCGACAAGCAGAAGUGUUUCUCCGAGGUGAAGCACGUGCUGCCCAACCAGGCCACCCUCCUGGCGGUGCUCAUUCUGUUGUCACUGGUCGGCUUCUGGAAUUUCAUCCUGUUCGCGCGACCGUCGAUGUUUUUGGGAUGGGCCGACCUCUUCAAGACGAAAGUCUCGCAUCCCAACGAGUUCGUCUCCGCGGACGCCCGCCGCACGCCGGACUCGCGCGCCUACGAGAUGCUCGACAGCUCCGGGGCGCCGCCGCCCGCCUUCAAGACGCCGGAGCCGGUGAUUCGAUCGCCCAGCCCGGCGCGCACCUCGGGGGCCCGCAGCCCCGAGCACGACGGCUACGGCCAGGAGGCGCGAUACGUGAGCCCGACGAUGAGCUUCUCGUCGCCUCGGCCGCCGAGCGCGUCGCAGGCCCACGGACGCGAGUGGGAUCCGCAAGCGACCUUUGCGCCGGCACACCCACGUCACGGAUCCCAGUGACGCUAAUUUUCUUGAAGCAUGGAGCAGGAGCAUGGGGCAUUUGUCUGGAUUUUCUUUUUUGGGUGAACAUCGGAGCAUUGCGGCAAGAGAAAAGAAAAAAAGUGCUGAUGUGAUAUUUUGUAC